CACAGGUGGACACUGCUGUUCCAUUGGACCAGGCAGUCAGCUGACCAACAUGGCAACCAGGUGGGGAAUCUGCAGCGCUGGGAAGAUCAGUCAUGACUUCACUGUAGCUCUGAAAACUCUUCCUCCUGAAGACCACCAGGUUGUUGCCGUAGCAGCUCGCAAACUUGAGGAUGCACAAGCGUUUGCCAAAAAGCACAGCAUCUCCCGAGCUUAUGGGAGCUACGAGGAGCUGGCAAGAGAUCAAGACCUCGAUGUGGUUUACAUUGGAGUCAUUCACCCUUACCAUCUGAAGACUUGUUUGCUCUUUCUUAAUGCCAAGAAGAAUGUUCUGUGUGAGAAACCACUGGCCAUGAACUCCAAAGAGGUGCAGGAGAUCCUGGCCGCUGCCAAACGCAACAACGUCUUCCUCAUGGAGGCUGUCUGGACCCGAUAUUUUCCCGUCUCCGUGGAGAUCAGACGGCUGCUGGCCCAGGGGGAGGUGGGGGAUGUACGGAUGGUGAGAUCAGAGUUUGGUGUCCCGAUCUCUCAUGUGCCGAGAUCAGUGCAGAAGGAGCUGGGUGGAGGAGCAGUUCUAGACAUUGGCAUCUACUGUCUGCAGUUCAUUUGCAUGGUUUACAAUGGAGAGAAGCCAGAGUGCAUCCAAGCUACAGGGAUCUGCUUGGAGAACGGAGUGGAUGAGACUGUGGUUGUCACAUUGAAGUUCUCCAAGAACAGGAUGGCAGUGUUUACUUGUUCUUCAGCUGUUCAACUGCCAAAUGAAGCUGUUAUUAUGGGCACAAAGGGCACUAUCCGUAUCCCCGCCCAUAUGUGGUGCCCCACCUCAUUGGUGGUGAAUGGGAAGGAGACUGAGUACCCGGUACCUGAGCCCUACCUGCCUCUCAACUUCAUCAACAGUACAGGGAUGCGUUAUGAGGCUGAGGAGGUUCGACAGUGUUUGCUCAAAGGGUUGAAGGAGAGCUCCAUUAUGUCUCAUGCGGAUUCUCUUCUGCUGGCUGAGGUGGAGGAUGAGAUCCGCAGGCAGGUGGGGGUGGUGUACCCCCAGGACUGUCAGUAAAUAUCCAACAUGGUUUCUCCUUGUGGAGUUAACACUAGUAAAUAUGGUGUGAAAUGUGUAAACUAUUGUAAAAUUAAAGCAAGGUUUUAAAGGGA